UUAAAUAUAUCAGUUGGCUUCUUUCAGGAGAUCUGCUGCCUCUGUAAUGCCUUGUCCUUUGCAAUGAUGUGCGUUUGAACUCUAUAUCACACGUUUCCCACUUCCAGAAAAUACAGUUGAAGCAACAUGUCUAAAAACUCAGAGAUCAUCAAUUUGUCAUUUUUAUUGGAACAUGAAAGGGAAACAAUAAUGGGGGUACUGAAACGAGAUGAAUACUUGAAAAAAAUGGAAGAUAAAAGGAUCAGGAAACUGAAGAAUGAGUUAUUGGAAGUAAAACGGAAAGGUGGGCGGCAUUACCAAGAAGACAACAGCAGGAUAUGCAUUCGCUGUCAAAAAAAUCUGGGCUUAAUUUUCGAUAGAGGGGAACUCUGCCAAACAUGCAGACUCCGAGUUUGCAACAAAUGUCGUGUUGUAGGAAUUGAUGGCAACUGGAAAUGCACAGUGUGUGAUAAGAUUGCGCAUCUUAGAAUUGUAACAGGUGAAUGGUUUUUUGAAGAGAGGGCAAAGCGCUUCCAGCAAUCCAAGCUCCUUGGAACUGAUAUUGUUAGACGUUCUAUCCUACGUAAAGCCCCAGUUUCUUCCUCUGAACAGACAGAAGGAGAAAAACCCAAAGAUCAGUCUCCAGAGAGCUUAGAGGAGACAUCAAAGCAAGAUACACUGGCUUCCUUCUCAAGUGGGACAAAAUUAAUAUUCAGUGGGCCCAGAAAAAUAGGCAGGAAGGUCUUCAAGGGAGUCACUAAAGGAGAUACUGCAAAUGUGAAAACAGAAGAUGGAAGAAGCAUCACCUCAGAUGCUGAAGUCCAGAGCAUACACAGUGAAAAGGGGAGUACCUUUUCCCUAGAAGGCAGUGAUCUGGAGGACAUGCCUGGCAGCUUGAAAGUAACAAUGGGUACUGUAAACCGGAGCGAUGCAUCUACACCAGUCCAUCCAAGGUCACCAGCACUGAGCACACGUAGCAUGACUGUUGGCUACAGCCAGGAUCCUUGCUUGAAAAAUGGUAUUGCAAUGCCUGCAAGUGAAAGCAUACCUGCAGAUUUAGCAAAAAGGCAUUCUGGGAAAGGUUCUAGACCUCCUUCCAUUGCAGUAUCUAGGACCUCUCUCUCAUCUGAACACAGCAGGUCAGAGAUAGACCUCAGUGGGUCCUUAUCAGAAGGAAAUGAGGAUACUUUAAGUUUAAGAAGUAAAUCCGUCCCUGGAACAUUGGACCAAGAGCUAGAUUACUUGGAUGAUGAUGAGGAAGAUAUUAAUGGCAUUGUGGCCUCUGACUACUUGAAGAGGUGCACCAAUUUGUCAAGUGGAUUAUCAACAAAUUCUCCUUCAAGUUCUGACAGGAAAUGGACUUACUUAAAUGUUCCAGAAGCAGAUGGUGAUACUACCAGCAUUAAUAGUAUGAUGAGUGUGUAUAGUGAAACUGGGGACUAUGGCAACGUGAAGAUCAGUGGUGAAAUUUGUCUCCAAAUUAGCUACAGCUAUAAAACAGGAGCCCUCAACAUCCUUGUAAAGAAAUGCAAGAACUUGGCCAUAGCAGAUGAAAAGAAGCAAAGAACAGAUCCCUAUGUCAAAGUGUACCUCCUGCCGGACAAGUCGCGUCAGAGCAAAAGAAAGACGAAAAUCAAAAGCAAUAGCACUAAUCCAGAAUUCAAUGAAACACUGAAGUACAUCAUCAGCCAUACACAGCUUGAGACUCGGACCCUGCAGCUUUCUGUCUGGCAUUAUGACAGAUUUGGGCAUAACAGCUUUCUUGGAGAAGUGGAAAUACCCUUGGACUCCUGGAACUUUGAAAAUGAGGCAGAUGAGUGGUUUAUGCUUCAGCCCAAGAUGGAAGCUGUAGCUGAUAGUGGCCUUCAGUACAAAGGAGAGUUGAUAGUUGUCUUACGGUAUAUUCCUCCUGAGAGAAACCUAACACUUCCCCUUGGAGAGAAUCAAGGGAAGAAGAGUUCUAAGAAGGGAAAGAAGGCCAACUCACAGUUACCCUCAGGCGGCAUAUUAGAAGUUGUCAUCAAGGAAGCCAAGAAUUUAACGGCUGUGAAAUCAGGUGGCACUUCUGACACAUUUGUGAAAGGGUACCUGCUUCCUGACAACAGCAAAGCAUCCAAACACAAAACCCAUGUAAUAAAAAAGAGUGUGAAUCCCCAGUGGAAUCAUACCUUCACUUUCAGUGGUUUGAAUCCUAGAGAUAUACACAACGUCUGUGUAGAACUCACUGUUUGGGACAAGGAGUCUCUUGCCAGCAAUAUCUUUCUGGGAGGUGUUCGCCUAAGUACUGGAACUGGCAUAAGUAAUGGCAAAGAAGUUGACUGGAUGGAUUCUCAAGGGGAGGAGCAACUUCUUUGGCAAAGAAUGAUUGACUGUCCUGGAGAUUCAGUGGAAGGCAUAUUAAUGCUAAGAUCCAGCAUGGGAAAACGCAGACUUUAAGAAUAACUUACUUUCACAAGAAAUAUGCUAGUAUAUUGCUAAUAACUCCAUUUGGAAUACCUACACUGGACCUGAACACUAGCAAAUCAUAAAGUGGAA